AGGUCCGGGGCGGAGCUGGAGACGGAAGCUUGGGCGGCGCAGCUGCACCUGAGGCCCGGGCCGGGCAGGAGCCGGUGGGACCGGACCCGAGCGCACCGCACAGGACCGCACAGGAGAGGAGACGAGAGGACAGGGCCGGGCCGGGCCGGAGGCGGGCGGUGCGAGGCCAUGGACGGUGGCGGCGGCGUUGACGGUCGAGACCUGUUGAGGGACGAAUCGCUGCUGGAGGAGGGAGAAGACGCGGCUGCCUCCGUCGGGACCGGCGAGACCCUGUCGCAGCAGGAACGGGAGGAGCUGAGGAAAGAACUCGCCAAGGUGGAGGAGGAGAUCCAGACGCUCUCUCAGGUGCUGGCGGCCAAGGAGAAGCGGCUGGCGGACAUCAAGAGGCAGCUGGGGGUCAGCUCGCUGCAGGAGCUGCGGCAGAACCUCUCCGAGGCCUGGCAGGACGUGACCGCCACCACCGCGUACAAGAGGACGUCCGAAACGCUCUCUCAAGCUGGACAGAAGGCCUCGGCCGCCUUCUCGUCCGUCGGUUCGGUCAUCACCAAAAAGCUGGAAGACGUGAGGGCGCAGGCCUUGGCGCCGUCCUUUAGCAUCCGCUCCAUCCAGCACUCAAUUAGCAUGCCCGCCAUGAGGAACUCUCCUACUUUCAAAUCCUUUGAAGAAAAGGUGGAAACCUUGAAGUCGAAGGUCGGGGGCCCCAAGCCCGGCGGAGGAGACUUCGGAGAAGUCUUGAACUCCACGGCCAACGCCAGCGCCCCGCCUCCCGAGCCCGUCCCCGAGCAGCCCCGGGAGGGCCAGUGAACCCCCGCCCUGCCCCCGUCCCGCCGGCUCCUGCCUCGCCGCCGGACGCCGCCCACCGCAUCGGGGCAGGGCCUCGGGCGGGAGCUUCACCGGACCGGACCGCGCGCUUUCAUUCCGCUCGAUGUUCACGCCACGAAGCAGCUUGUGUGUGUGGGUUUGAUUCUCCUGGACAUUAAAGAGUGGUGUGUGGUCCUGG